UUUCCAUAUGUCAUGGCCGCUAAAAACUGGAGAUAUUAGCUUAGUCUGUUCUUUAUUUGCUUUAUUGUUAUUUUACUCUGAAUACGGUUGAUAAACUGUAUAUUUUUGUGUUCUGAAAUCAUAAACAAGAAUGUCUUCAUCAAGUGAAGAGGAAGAAGAGAAAGUGGCAUUUUUGGCUGUCACCAGAGAAAAACGUAGCAAUGCUGGCAGUAAAAUGGCAAAGCUGUUGAAUGAAGAAGAGGAAGAUGAAUUCUAUACAACAACUUAUGGUGGUUUCAAAGAGGAAGCUGAAGAUAUUGACUAUGAUUCGGGUAAAUCUGAUUCUGACGAUGUUAUUGACUCAGAUUUUGAUAUUGAUGAGGUUGAUGAAGUUAAAAGUGAUAUGGAAGAUGAUGAACCGAAGAAGAAAAAACAUACAACAGGAGUUUAUAAAGAACCAACUGAAAAGAAACCAAAAGUUAUAAAGCCAGAAGUAAAAAAGGAGAAAAAAGAACCCAAAGUAAAAUCAGAAAAAUCUUCUGUACAAAUCUACCAAUCAACAUCACCAUUAAUAGAGAGAAAAUCUAAAAGAGCUGCUACUGCUGUUAAAUCGCAAGCUACAGCAAAACGAGAAAAACAAAGAGAAGAGAGAACUAAAAUGAUGAAAGAAAUGGCUGCAAGAAAAAAUGUUCCUGAAGUUCGACGCUUAACACAAGAAGAACUCUUGUCUGAAGCGAAAAUUACAGAAGCAGAAAAUAAGAAAAGUUUAGAGAACUAUUAUAAACUGGAAUUAGAAAAGAAGAAGAGCAGAAUUCAGAAACAAGUAUUUAAGGGACCUAUAAUAAGAUAUCAUUCUGUUACUAUGCCUUGUUUGGAAGAAUUAGCAAUAGAACCAGAUAUUAUUGUAGAUGGGGAAGGGUCAAACGAGGCUGUUAGGAAAAUUGAAGAAAUGGAAACCGGUGAAAAGUGUUCUCGAUCAUUUAUUACUUUUACUGAGGAAAAAACAUACCAUGAAUAUUUUUCAUCAAAGAAACAAAAACUUCCUCAAAGACCAAUCUGUCCUGUGACCAAACUACCAGCUAAAUACUUUGAUCCUAUUACACAAACUCCAUAUGCUACUUUAAAUGCAUUUAAAUGUAUUCGUGAUGCAUAUAUACAACAGUGUGAAUCUAGUCAAAAACGGAGUAAACCUACACCAGAACCAAAACAACCAGCCCCAAAUACAGUGACAGUUAAUGGAUAAAACUUAUGUUUUACACAUAUUUUCAUCUCAUGUGGCAUAAUUUGAGUGGUUCAGAAAAAUUGAUUUGGUUAUUGUUGACUUGUGAUUUGAUUUACAUCUAUAAUAUGUCAUCUGUAGACCAUUUCUAAAUAAGCUUUAAUAAAGUACUGACAAUACUGAUGAUAAAGAACUAAACAACUUAAUGUCUCAUUUCUGUAAAUACCCACAAUAAUAAAAAAAAAAUCUGUUUGUAUAAUAUCAUGACUUUGUUAUAUCAUAUCAAAUUCUUUGGGAGAUGAAAAAAUUGAACUUGAUAUUUAAACACUAUGAAAGAUUUC